AUGUGGCGGCCGGACCCGUGGGCAGGCUCGGGGGCCAGCCCCGGCUUGCCGGGCUGCCCGGACCUGCUGCAACACGCCCAGGCGCUGCACUUGCAGGACUCCCCCCUCUACCUCAGCUUCUUCGAGGAUGAGUGCCGCCUCAUCGCCGACCGCCUGCGCCUCGCCGAGGCCGCCGCGCCUCCGCGGGACCCGUGGGAGACCGACGAGUCGUGGGCCGAGCCCGCCGGGCCCGUCACCUCCACGCCGGUGCCCGCCCCGGACUCGGGCACAAGCACCUGCGAGGCCGCUGCGGCCCCGGGCCCGGCCCGAGCGGAGCCCGUGUGCCUCCCGCAGCCCGCGGCCGGCGCUGGCCCCGGGGCCCACCCGCUCUCCCGGGCUCGGCUCGGUGCCGCGCAGCCCUCGGGCGGCCGCCCCGGCCCCGCCGCCCGCUCCCCGGGCCGCGGCCGCGCCAGGCUCGCUCCGACCCACACACGGGCCUCGCAGGGGCUGCAGCUCCCCUCGGCCGGCACGGCGGGCUCGGCCUGCCCAAAGCGGCUCCUCCAGCCCGCAGAUACCAGGCUGAAGGGGAUGCCGCCUGCCAGGUCCAGGGUUCAGCAUCCUGGCCGGGCUUUGAAAAAGGCACAACCUUCCGCCCUUCCCGAACCCGCCCCCCGGGACACACAGAUGAAAAGUAAUUCCACACCUGUCAGCUGGCCUCAUGCGAAGCGGGGAAGCAUGGGGGGGCUGAUGCUGCGGCAGGAGGGGAGAAGGGGGUUGGCCUGGGCUGCAGCAUGGCCAAGGACAGAGAAGGAGGAGCGAGGAGUCCUUGGGAGCAGCGCAGGAAGAAGCUUAGCUGCUGUCAAGGCUGGGGAUCACAAACAGCCCUCAUCAAGACUACCGACAGCAAUUCCUGUCCUAGCUUCCCGCUCCUCAUUGCGGCCUCUGGGAAGAGCUGCUUCAUCCCAGCGCCUUUGGAUCAGUAUGGGAUCAACUACACAGGAGCUUUCAAGGUGUGAAGAUUCAGUCCCUGCUGAGCAGUCUGCAGGUGAUCAGCUGUCCCAGGAGCUGGAGCAUGUGAAAAAAGAGCUCGAGCGAGUGAAGAGGGAGCUUGCUGACAAGACUGCCCAGUGUGAAGCCUAUCACCAGACAAUCUGCUCCUUGCAGGCUCAGCUCAGAGCAGCAGGAGUCUGUGUGGAAGAUGCAGCAGUGUUCAAGGGUGGUGACUUGGGGAGAGACUGACAGCUGGCACAUGGGCACAUAUCCGUCUGCCUGAGCCUCUGGGCCAGUGAUACCUGUAGAACUGUUGAAUGAGUGAAUUUUGUAACUGCUUGUAUUUAAAAGAAAUAAAAUAAAGGUGUCUUUUCCA